AUGUUGCCCAUUCAUUCAUGCUACGCAUUAUUUCGGAGAACAAUACCGAAAAGGCCAUCUUAUUAUGUAUUAUCAGGUUUAACUGCACGCUUAAAGGUAAAACCCCAAUUAAAGUGUAAUUUUUUCAGAGUACUCACUAGAAGGGAAUUGGCCACUGUUCCGAGUGGACCUCCUAAUAUUAAGAACAAGUUGCUCAACAUUCCCAACAUUUUGACUUUAUCACGAAUAGGAUGUACACCCUUUAUUGGACUCUUCAUUAUAACGAAUAAUCUGACCCCAGCAUUAAGUCUGUUUGCAUUUUCUAGCAUCACUGAUUUUAUGGAUGGGUAUAUCGCACGGAAAUACGGCCUCAAAACCGUCGCAGGAACCAUUCUAGAUCCACUUGCAGAUAAACUACUAAUGAUCACUACAACUUUGGCAUUAUCCGUACCAUCUGGCCCUCAAAUUAUACCGGUAUCUAUUGCGGGGAUUAUUUUGGGCAGAGAUGUGUUACUAGCAAUAGGUGCUUUAUUUAUACGAUAUAGCACUUUAAAGUUGAAAUAUCCCGGUCGUGUGUCAUGGAGUUCCUACUGGGAUAUUGUUCGCUAUCCUAGUGCUGAAGUCAAACCUUCCCAACUAUCCAAAUGGAACACGUUUUUCCAAAUGAUAUAUCUUGGAUCUGGAGUAUUGCUACUUUUAUAUGGGAAAGAAGAGGGCAAUGGCGAAGUGGAUGAGAAUUUUGAAGAUAGAAAAAAGUUCUUUCAGAAUAUCUUUAGCUAUUUAGGAUAUGUAACCGCCACAACUACAAUAAUCAGCGGGGCAUCUUACGCAUUAAAGAGGAAUGCUUUCAAACUUUUGAAAUAG